AAUGAAAGAUCAGCAGGAGAUAAGCAGUGUGAGUGACGGUCUAAAACUGUGAACGCUGAGAAUUAUCCGCCUUUACUCCAGUAUGUGACCGCCUAUAGACAGGACUUUACUAAAGUUUACUUAUGAAAUCGUUUAUUUUUGUUUAUUUUGCCUCUUUGCUGGGAAAUGUUGGGACUGAAACAUGGAGCUCGACAGUUCUGGAACUUCUGCUUUUUCUCCUGUUUUCUGUUCAUCCUUCAUCAGCAGUCACACACUCUCUGCAGUACCAGUACACUGCUGUCACACCAGGAGUAAAUCUCCCAGAAUUCACUGCUGUUGGUCUGGUGGAUGGAGAGCAGUUUGUGUUCUAUGACACCAACAUCAAGAAGAUGAUCCCAAAGACCGAGUGGAUAAAGAUGAUCAGCGCUGAUGAUCCACGUUACUGGGACAGAGAGACAGAAGACAAGCGGAAUGAAUAUUACACACUCAAAGUCAAUAUGGAGAGAGUAAUGCAGAGUUUUAAUCAGACUCAAGGAGUUCAUACACUCCAGAGGAUGUACAGCUGUGAGCUUGAUGAUGAUGAUGAUACCACUAGAGGAUAUGAUCUGUACGGUUAUGAUGGAGAAGAUUUCAUGAGUCUGGAUCUGAAAACUGGAACCUGGACUGAAGCGAAUCCUCAAGCUGGAGAACUUAUAAAGAAGUGGGAUCCUACAGAUGUUAAAGCUAAAUACUGGAAGAGCUACCUGGAGUAUGACUGUAUUUAUUGGUUAAAGAAGUUUGUGUCUUACGGCAGAGAGACUCUGGAGAGGAAAGUUCGUCCCGAGGUGUCAGUGUUCCAGAAACACUCUCCUUCUCCAGAGGUGGUGUGUCACGCUACAGGUUUCUUCCCCAAAGCCCUGAAUAUCACCUGGCAGAAGGAUGGAGAGGACAUGGAGAUCACAGAGCCGUUACCCAACCAGGAUGGAAGCUUCCAGAAGAGGAGCAUUCUGAAAGUCCCAGCUGAGGAGCUGCAGAAACACAAAUACACCUGUGUGGUUCAGCACAGCAGCUUGGAGAAGGAGUUAGUGCGAGAAUUACCAAAAGGUGGAGGAUCAGGUGGAGGGCAGAUUGUCAUUGGAAUCAUCGUGGCUGUCAUCGUUCUCGCUGUUGUCGCUGCUGUUGUCUUCUGGAAGAAAAGGAACUCUGGAUUCAAACCUGUUCCCCCCAGACCCCCCUCUGAAGGAGAUUCUCCCUCCAACAACUCUUAAACUGUGGCUGUGUGUCUUCCUGCUGGAGAGAGAGUAAGACAUGAUGAUGAAUUAAAGAACAAGAGGAAAAACUUACCGUUCAUUCAGAACGUGUUGUCAACAGAUCAGUCUGAGCUGCACACAAAGACAAACUCUUUAAACACUCGACACCGCUGUUUGUUUUUCCCCCAGAGUGCUUUAAUGACGCAUUGCCGUGAACUGCAGCAACACAUGAGGACAAACUCUUGGAAACGCACUGCAUCACUGCUCUUUCACAACCAACAGCGGAUGAGAAUCUGAAGACUGGAGCUGCAUUACUCUUUCUUCUCCACAAACUGAAAUCCAUCCCUCAUGCGUGGAGUUUCUGAACUCUGUGUUUUUCUCCCACAGAUGAGGAGCUGCAGCUGAGUAUCUAGUGUUUUUGUUCACCGCCGUACAGUAUCUAUUGCAUUACUGCCACAAACUGGACCGCAGUGUGUCGAGCGUCGUGGUCCAGGUUGUCCUGAUUGUUCAGCAGGGUUUACAGGAGCCGGCCCCUGCCAGAUUUUAACCAGGAUCACGUGUAGUUUUCCAAGGGAUGAAAAUAUCAACGACCAAAGUGAUGUGGAUAUGAUGAGAGUUUCAGGUUGUGUGGAGUCUUUAACUCUGUCAACAAACAAACUGUGGCUGUGUGUCUUCCUGCUGGAGUGAGAGAGUAAGACAUGAUGGUGUUUACAGUGUAAUAUGGAAUAAAAAUGUGUGUGGAGUGAAAAGCCUGAGCUCACAUUAAAUCUCAGAUCACAGCAGAGAUUUGUCUUCAUUGUCAAGUGCAGUUUCAUGUCCAGCUAUAAGAUUGUGCUGCUGUUCAAUGGCCUCUGCAGUGUCCUCUGUCCCUCACCAUGUGGAGUCUUGGAGGAAGGAAACUCACCUAUUGUGUGACGUAAUGAACACUCACAUGUGCACAGACUUAAACCCACAGUGAAAUUCCCCCUCUGCAUUUAACCCAUCUGAAGCAGCGAACACAAACAUGCACACAAGGAACGAAACCCACAGGGACAGCAUGCAGACUCCACACAGAAAGGCCCCUGUUUCCCGCUGGGUUCGAACCCAGAACCUUCUUGCUGUGAGGUGACGGUGCUAACCACUACACCACCGUACUGGACAGUUUGUUCUGUAUACUGCAGGUUUUUGUGGCUGAAAGUGGUGCAGUUCCCUCACCAGCAGUUCCUGAGUGAUGAGGAUUUUAAUAGGGUUUGGGGGGUGUGUGUGUUUUUUCCUGCUGUGUUCUGUUUCACUGAGCUCAGCACUGUAGGAUCAUGCCUUUGAGGGAAACCAGGUUUUGGACUAAAGACACUGUAAUAAUUUUCACUCAUAUAAUUUGAAAACCAUUUCCUCUCGGUAACCUCUCUCUCUCUCUCUGCCAUAAACUGAAAUCAACUCUUUUACACUUUGGCAGGAAAUUAAUGAUUAUCGUUUGUUCAUAUUCUAAACAAAUGUGAAUAAUUUAAAGCCUCAGAUCUUCAUGAUGUUUAUUUUUCCUGAUGAGAAAUAAGUCUGAGGUCCCUCCUGUUAUUGCCAUUUAAGGUCAAGAGAACUGUACCCCUUUUCCCCCUUGGAUAAUAAUCGGACAAGUCCCGACAAUGAAAACUUAUAAUAGAAACCCACGUCGGGAACAUUCAGAAUUUAAGUUUAAAUUUGUCGCCAAGGGAAUCCUGGUACCAAUGUUGCCAUUAUUGGCUGGCUUUUGCGUGACGUCACAAGUCUGAGUGGUUUUACCAGCAGUUUUUCCACUGACAUCCACACAGUGUAACUUCUGUCCAACUUUCUGCUAGAUUACAUUCAUUUUGACAGAAACUUGCAACAGAAUAUGAUUUAGAAAGAAAAACAAAUAGUUAAACUACAAUCUACGACUGUUAUGGAGAAGGGGGCGAGAAGAGAAGGGAAAGCGCCCAGAAAGCAAUGUAUUGCUACCAGGUGCAGCAACACAUGCCGUAGAGGGAGUAGCCCUGUUCCUUUUCCCCAAAAGAUAAAGGUAAUCACUAAUGACUUUGCUACAAUGAACUGCAAAGCAUUUUGUUUCCAACAUACUGUAAUACAAGAAAACCCAUUUUUAAAAUAGUUAUGAAGAUAGUUUAUAUCAUAAUCUAAUGAUUCAUGUGAAUAAUUGAAAAUAAGGAGCUCACAUAACUAAGAUAUCUAUCUCCGAAAGUCAAGUUUCUAUGCAGAAUGGACAAUUUCACGAAGGCCGCCAUUGCAAAUAUUUUAAUCAAUCAGAAACUGUACUGUUCUGGCAAUAUUUCCGCCUUUUUUUGUCCAAGUGCAUAUUCCUGUAAUGUUCACACGAAUCCUGCGUAGUAAAGCAGUGUUUGUUUACCCUCUUUCUGCAUUGCCGUGGGGGUUGGACUACCAACUACAGUAAUUACAGUAGGCUAUCCUGGGGACGCCUUGAUGAGGAAGUUCUUCAUGAAUGAGUCGAGAGCAUGCUAAGCAUGCUAAUGAGUAAUAUAACACAGUUUCAGCCUUGUUUUACAGGUAAAAAGAGUUCAGCUUUGUCCAUAAGUCAGGGUUGCAGCUCAUUAAUACACUAUUUCAGAUGUAUGGUGAAAAAAUCGACAUUGUCACCUUAGUAGACCUUUCGCUUUGCCCCUUCAGUACUGAAGUAUACACUCAGCCAAAAUGACGUCACGCAUCACCCUUCCAACAGCCAACAUGGCAGCCAACUGGUGGGAUUAGAGUAGCGAAACAAAAAUGCUCACAACUUUUCUUUUAUAAAUGGUCAAACAUGCCUGAAACUUUAAUUACAGGCUCUCAUUACAAGCUACCAACCCAAGCAUGUAUUUACGUUACAUUUUCUAUUCCUUUAAGGCGUGGAGGUGAGCACGCACUGGAGUGAAUAAGGUCCUGAGGUGUGGUCCUAGUGGGCUGUGCCCAUGCUGGUUCGCGAGAGUACAGGGAGAGGGAGGGACCUGUGAAAUUUGGUUCUGCUGGGACCUCCGGUGGCUGAGUUAUGAGUGUUUAAAGUCUGGCUGAAGCUGUGGAUCACACUGAAACUUAAGGUUCAUCAUUGUCAUGUCUCUGACACCACUCUCAUCGGGCAAUUCUGGCUCGAAUCAGUACAGUUCCGAUACCUCUGUCUCUUCUUCCCUAUCGCUGGCCACUUCUUCCUCUGCCAGUACAUUAUCAACUUGAACUGACCAAAAACUACUAAAACUUAGUUUCUCCCUCACUAAAUUCCUGCUCGCUUUGGUUGCUCAUGAUGUUGUUUGUGGCUGGCACACACCCGUGACGUCACGCGGCUCCCACCUGCUACUUCUGAGCGGUUCUCAAAGGGCUAAAUUUACUCAGCUUUUGUCUGUGAAUAUAUCUGCUACUGUGUGGUUUAGAGAAUAGUUGCCUCUGGCCAGGGACUCAAUAAACCUCACCGAAUUUAACUGCUAUUCUGUUUUAGUGCAAAAAAAAAAAUGCAUUUCUCUCGGCCUUUAACAUCACUUUCCUUUGGAUCUUAUUUGUCAUCUGAAAAAAAAGUAAUUAUUUUACUACUGACCACAAAUGUGUGGAGAGUCUAAAUUCCCUGACAUAUUUUUUCUGGUUUUAAUCACAUUUAGCAGUGUGUGUAAAGCCUUACGGCCACAAACUAGACUGCAGUGUGUAACACUGAUACGGUUUUAUAUCUGUAUUUUAUAGAGAGGGAUGAAGAAAAAAAUUAUUAAAGUCCUGCAAUGAUGUCCUGUAGCUCUUAGAAACUUUAUAUAUCCUGCUCAUAUUCUUCCUUUUUAUUGUGGAAGCCUUUGUAAAUGUUACGCUACUGUAAAUAUUACUCUACUAUCCUGUCUUUUGUAAAAACUGUAAAAAGGAUUGAAAUUCUAACAGUUAGUGCUGAACACUUAACUACCUCUGUCACUAAUGCUAUAAAUGUUAUUUUAUCAGUCCAUGAAUAAAUCUUUAUUUACUCUG